AUGGGAAGGCGUUCGAGAAGCGAAACUCAAGCUACAGAGCAAGAAGAGAACUUCCCCAAGGGAAAGAGAAGGGUCGAUACUGAGCAUCAGAGAAUGCGUAGGCCAAUGCGAAGAGCCAAGACCAUCUGUUCCUGUAGCUCUCCUUCUUCGUCUACUUUCCUCAACGCACAUUCCACCUUCUCCUGGUUUGAAAAGGACCUGUGGACAGAGGUCGCCAAGUGUCUAGACGGGAGGUCACUGGUGAUGCUUGCAGCCACAAGUCGGUGGUUCAAUCGUGCGCUAAUGGAAGAUUGCAUAUGGAAGUACGUUUGCAUGCGCGACCUUCAGGUUCCUGCUCCAUGCCAAGUGUCCUUCAAAUGGGUCGACCUCUAUGCUGCAGCUUUUGAUGGGAGUCAUUCUUACCAUUUCCAUCAUCAGGAGAAACAUAUUGACUGGAUGCGAAUUGGUGCUUUUUCAAUGGGCUCUUCGGUUGCACUCUUGACAGAACGGCUGAGUUUUCCAGCUAGAAUCCCCAAAGAGGAUGAAGCACAGAAUUUUUCUGAGUCCACUGGCUGUUGUGUUAUAAACAAUAUCAAGAAGGGGAUAUGGAUAGCAGAUCUUCAGCUUGUUCGAUGUCCAGUAUGUGAUCUCAAUACAUGCGAUGGAACAAUGCAGACUUUAGAUGCAAGGCACAUAGAGCUAUUUUUGAACGAGGAAUACCGCAAUGGGAGCUGGGAAUACGAACUGGUAGGAUCUCAUGAUAACAAAAGGCAUGCAGAUGGAGCUUCGGGUGCAAUUUUUGAUGUUAAGCACCUCCAAGACUGUUCAACAUCUGCGGUGUUUAAUCUCAAGUCAUGGGUCGGUAAACCUAUGGACUGGCAACCCAGAGCCGUCAUUACUCUCCAUGCUGUUGCCGUCAACACCAAUUUACAAAAGAACGAAGGACUUCAUAUCAAGUACCACGCUAUGAGAGCUGGAGCUGAUGGCGAAGUUGUUUCCAUUAGAAUCUCUCAACAGCUCCUGUGAUUUUUCUCGAUUUCUUUGUAGAAACAGAAAAUAAAGGAAGUCAAAACAAAAGGGGACAAUCGGAUAUCUGAUCUAGAGAUAUACUCGCGCCAGGAAAAAAGAGUUUCACUAUCACGCCCCAUUCAAUCAAAAUUAGUACCGUUGGAUUACACAAAUAAUAGUGAGACACUAUUGAAUUUGGUAUCCUUGUCCUGUUCUUGUGUACGGACUUGACACAUCAUUCUGUCAUGUAUUUACGUAACAAAAUUUGUACCCAAAAGAAUAUUAAUACCAAGUGUAAGUAAAUGUACGGA